AUGGCUGCCAUAGCCAGUAAAUUGGGAAGCGCGGCAUUGCCCGGCCUAGCUAACCUUGCAGGAUCCAGUAAACUACUUGCCGUUGGACUUAAUAAUAAGGUACAAGCCUGCACUAUUUACAGUAAAACCUCUGGUAUGCUUGAACCAAGAGCUAAGCCCUGGCCCUACGAGACCCUCGGGUUUAACGCCUGGUAUCAUUACAUUGACGGGACUACCAAGCGGUUUAAUGAUAACAGCAAGAUUAUAGUAGUGGAGGGACCACCAGGACUGCAAAAGACUAAGUUUGCCAAGGAGUUGGCCGACGAACUUGACAUGUUGUUCGUCCCUGGGGCCUCGAUGGACGAGUUCUACACCAACUCCUACGGAUAUGAUCUCAGAGAGUUAGAUCAUCUUUUCCAUUAUACCAAAUGUAAAUCCUACGAUGAGAAGAAGUUUGCCCAGGACCCUAAGGGUCAGGAGGGAGGGUUGGACAGGAUGCAGGAUAAUCUCUGCUGGCUCAGGUUCACUAAGUACACCAAUGCGCUGGCCCAUCUCUUUAACACUGGUCAGGGAAUUGUGACUGAAAAAUCCCCCUACACUGAUCAUGUGUUCACAGAAGCUGCAUACAAGUUUGGAUGGAUAGAUAGGGAAUCAAGAGUAUACUUUAACAAGAUUCGUAAACAAAUUCUACCCCCGCUGCUCCGACCCAACCUAAUUAUCUACCUGGAUGCUCCGGUUGAUGUUGUACAGUCUAAGAUCAGGGAGAGAGCGAAGACGACCCACCCCUGGGAGAAGAACAGCCCUGUGUUUGAGAAUAGGGACUAUCUGAAUCUUGUUUACGAAGAUUUGAUGAAGAAUCAAUAUAUAAAAACAGCAUCAGCCAGCUCUAGGGUGUUGAUGUACGACUGGUCCGAGGGAGGAGAUACCGAGGUUGUUGUUGAGGAUAUUGAGAGAUUAAACAUGGAUUUCUUUGAUAAAUAUGAUAAACAGCAACAAGACUGGAGAAUGCUGAAGGAGGACAAGUACGCUAGAAAGCGUCAGCAGUACACAAACCGGUAUCACAUGGACAGUCAUUACAGGGUUGACUACUUCGAGAUGGACAAGAUUCUUUUUACUCCUGAGGAGAUGAAGGAGUUCCAGUUCCAUGCACACAAGGUUCCAGGAGCAAGGUACCAGCACGGAUACAACGAGGAGCUGGAUGAUAAACCGUCCUGGUUCAAGAUAGGAGCUAAGUUCUCAAGAUUCCAUAAAAACACUCACUACUCCUUGGACUCGCACUUCAUCGACAACGUGGAGUGGGAGCACUACGCGCAGCAGAGGCAGGCCAAACGUGCUGCAGGGGUGGAGAAGUGGUGGCAGUUCUAA